AUGGCUGCCAUACGUUCGCAAAAGUUGACAGAAAAUAUGGAUAAAAAACUGGACUUUUUGUCGCCAAAGUUCGACCCUUUGAAGGCCCUAUACGCGGAAAACCUGCAGCCUCCUGUACCAAAAAUACACAUAUUUAAUAACCUCGCGGAAUAUGCUCAAGCCAUCAAGGAGGGCAAAAUAAAAUCAAGCGAAUCUUCGAAGUCAGCAAAAGGCAAGGCUUCGUUGCGGAAAACUGCCACAAGGACGAGAAAUUUGAAACCAGAAUACAAGCCAAAGGAGAAGGAGGAUGUGCAAGAAAGGCUUAAAUCCAUUGCCGAAUCCAGCGCCUCGAGUAUGGCGAAAAGUAAGACUGGGAAAAAGAUGGAAGGGAGAGUGGGUGAGUCCAAGCUGCAGGAGUUUAUUACGGCGGAGGAAGCUUUCAAAGCGGAACAGAUAAAGAAAAAGCGGAUGAAUGUAAUAGACAGGAUGGAAGGUAAAGCUUGCACUACGUAACAAAAUUCCUUCUAUGUCAUUGUCGCAGACUUCACAUGUAUUCAAGUAGAGAAAAUAUUCUGAAAAAGAUUUAUACCCCUUCGCACCCUGGCAGGCACAAAGCACAGGUCAUAAGUCACAAGUUACAAGCGCAGAUCACUUGAUAAAUAACUGAAAUAAGUGGUUACUCCUUAAGCUAAAACUUCAUUUUGGAAUGGAUUAGGGUUAGGAGACACUUUUAGUGUUGUUUAUUUACAGUAGCGCUGUGACCCCUACUCUACAUGCACUUGUGACCAGUGGCCUGAGACCUGCGUUUUAUACCCGUUGUUCCCACCCCCUCCCCCUUAAACAGCAUUAAUUUGAAUACAGGCCUCAUUUAAUCACAGAGGGGUACUUGACCAAUAUUUAGGUAUUGGUGAGCCACUGAGGGUUUGGAACCCUGACUUGGAACCCUGACCCUGUUUAGGACAAAAAUUAUAAAAAUACAUACCCUGUUUAGUGACAACACAUAAAUUUUGUAACCCUGUUUAGUGCAAAGGACAAAAUGCCGGACAUCUUGUUUAAACCCAUUCGCCCCCGAAACUGCCCAUAACCGCCCGUGCGGAUCCAGGUCCUUUCUACCCUUUGUGACGUCAUCAGUUUUAACGGUCAAGGACAACUUUCUUGGCUAACUUGUGUAGAGUGAAGAGAUCUUUCAAACCAUACCAGAAUGAGCACAAUUCAGUCAAGGACACCAGAGAAAGAAGCAAAAAACCACGUGACAUUGACCUGAAAAUCUCCAUGAAAAUCUUGUUCCAUUGCCCACCUAUCUUUCCUUUCACCUAAUCCUAACAUCCUAAAAGCUUUCCUAAAAACUCUUCCCACCAAAAUGAAGCCUACUAAAUGCCCAGCAAGAGAAAAAAAAAAUGAGGCAAGAAAAGCGAAAAAAGAAGGGAGGAGAGAAAGCGAAAAGUAAACUCGAAAUUUUGCUUUCUGCACAUGCCCGAACUUCGCAAGCUGAUGUUUUGCAUCUGGAUCAGAAGGCCGCCAAGUGUACGACAUGUAAACCGGUUUGUGGUAAGUUUUAGCCCUUCAUAGCACGACAGUGACCAGAAAACCACUCGACUAGCUUCAAAACGUGUUUUUCGGCAAAAUCUCCAGAAGCGAAUGGGUUAAAGUCAUUUAUUGGCAAUUACGAUAGAGCAAAUGCCUGUUAUAGUCAUUGCCUUUGAAUACUUGCAGUAGAAAAAAAUUCAUGGAAAAAAUUAAUUAAAUCAAUAAUUGUGCAGGCAAUACUGUGUUUGAUAAGGACAGACUCAUAUGAAAUUAUAUGCCCAGUUUAGGACAGACUCAUGCAAAAUUAUAUACCCUCUUUGGGACAAAGAGGACAAAAACCAUACCCUGUUCAGUAGCACAUCCCUGUAUAAGCCUUAUACAUGUGAGGGAGUACACCCUGGGGGCAUUUAAUAGUGGAAGGCAAGAGUUCACAUCUCUGUGAUAUCCACACUCCACCCUUCUUCUCCAUAAUGGAAAAUACAGUCAACUCGUGCCUUGCAGUCACCCCACUAUUAUAACAGACAUCCUGACAGGAGUGCAGCUAAAUCCCAGACAAAAAUAAAGUGCAGAGGCUUGACUGAAAUAAAGUCCUGCUAUUCAGGACAUUAACUUGAGGUCGCUACAGUGUCGACUUUAAAGGGAGUUGACUGUAACUUGAUUCAGCAUACCAUACUUUAAACUGCUACUUAUAAGCUCCCCCCCUCAGUUAUAGGCCCAUCUACCUGCAAAAAAAUCCAUCCAAUCAUGAGUCCCCUUCUAGCUCAGAUUAUAAGCCUCUCUCUGAAUUCAACUGAUUGUGACAUUUUGAAGCUUAGUGAAAAACCAGGAAUUGCAAAACGUAUUUUGAUUACCACUACCACUGUUUCGAAUUGUUUUUUCUAUUCCAGUUAUAACCCCUUCUAAAUUAUUUAAGCCCCUUUGUUUAUGAGCCCUCCUGAAACCCCAUACAAAGAUCACUCAUAAGCUCAGGCCUUAUAAGCGGCAGUUUAAAGUAACUUGAAAUUCAGCUUGUCCUCUCAACAGGGAGCUCUGCCCAAGGCAGUUUUGAGCUUGUCUAGUUUGCUUUUGUAUGUAAUGAUGACUUGCUGGGCCCUUGCUGAUUAGGCAAGUGAUGUGCAUGAAAUGCUAGUUAUUUAUUGGGAAAUCUAGAUAUUCAAAACUACCAGAUGGGGCUUUUUUUUAAUCUUCCAUUAGGACCUGCAAAAUGGGGGCAGGACUACUUGAACCAGAGGUGACUGCUUUUAAAAGGCUAGUUUUACAGUACAGUGGAAGUCUGUUAAUAAAACUACCCUUAGGGCAUGAAAUCCUGAUCCUGUUUAUGAAGUGGUCCUGUUUACAAGGUUUCCAGAAAAGAAAAUGACUGAGCAUUUUUUGUGAGUUUGGGUAAAUAAUGUAUUUUUUUUCCUGCAUACACAGCAUGUACUGAAGGACCAUUUAGCAUACUUCACACAUGUCUCACUAAGAGGCUGAGAGUCAAGGUUUGGACCAGAAGAUACAAAGGACUCCGUGGUGUUUUAGCUGGAUACCUUGUUGCUUUUGAUAAGCAUAUGAACCUGGUAAGUGUAUGCCUACACUGUAGACUGAGUACAGCUGUUUAAUCAGUCCCCUGGCCUUUGAAUGGAAGUGACACUGGAGGUUCCCCGGAAGGGGGGAGUACGGCCAUAUAUGGGCUAUAUGUGAAGGGUGUGGUUCUCAAGCAGUUUAGUCUGAAAUAUGGUAUAGAAAUCAGCAAGUUUGGGUGUUGAUGGUUUUCAUUUUCCAGGAAAUGGAUCAAUUGGUAAAUAGCAACUCUAGAAUGGAAGGGAUUUUAGGAUAGCAAUGUUGGGCUGAACUACAUAAAUAUUAAGUUUUAAAUAUCCGUGCUAUUUAAAACAACUGAUCAAGUUAAGGUCUACUGCUUACUCCCUACGGGCUACUAAUAUUUUAUCACUUCCUAAGCCGUCUACAACCACAUAUGGUCUAAAUUCCUUUAGCUAUUCAUCUGUUAAGUACUGGAAUUCUCUACCUGAUCACUUUAGAAAGACUGUAGAUUAUAGUGAAUUUAAGCGCAAAUUGUUAGUGCACGGUUUUAGUUAAUACUACAUUAAUUAAUAUUAUAUUAUAUAUGUUGUAACUUUUAAAAUUAGUUAGGAUCGGAGAUACUAGCUAUGUAAGCUACACUAAAAUCCAAGGAUAAAUAAAGUUUAUGUAUGUAUGUAUGUAUGUAGGCCUGGUAUGGGCUAAGGGUUCAUCCCAGGGGCACAUUACCAUCCAAAAAUUUUUUUAAGUCCCAAGAGUGACAAACAUUAAUUUUCUUCCAACAAUAUCAAUACAUGAUUAAAAGAAAAGUUUGUGAGAAUAAAUAAAAUGAUCACCUAAAGGAAAAUGCUGUGAUCUUUGAACAAAUCCUUUGAACUAAUCCUGUAAGGAAAUGUAUGGAGAUCAGUUUGGAGAAUUUGUUUGUGGAUAUUGGGCUUAAAGGGUUAAGUACCACCCUAGAGAGGUGACUUUGUUUGUUUGCAAACCUUUCUGAUUUUCAAUUUUCCAGCAUUAGGUCAUGGGCUUAUUAGCGUGACAACAUUUAGCGAUUUGCACAUGAAAAUCAUAAGGGUAAAUGUAAUAAAACAUGUUCACCUCUAGCCGCGCUUCUAUUCAAAGGCCAGGGCACUAAGCAGACCGCUCUGAAAUGGCCAAUUAUAGUAUUAUUUUUGGGACUAGCAAAUUAAUAGUAAUAAUAAUAAUAUUUAAUAUUUAUAUAGCGCAAAAUAACAUACAGGAGGACAUGAUCAAAUGCAUUUUACAUAUCAAAAUUAAAUCCCAAAUUACUAUGUUACCUAUUUACAAUUUUGAAUUUACAAUAAAAUGCGAAGAUGUAUACUAUAUGAAACACUAAAAAGAAAUUAUAAAUUAAACGCUUCUCUAAAAUAGUGAGUUUUAAGCAAUGACUUAAAGGCGUUAAAAUUUUGCUGUGACUGUAAAUGACUGUGGGAGACUGUUCCAAACCUUGGCGGAUGCAUUGGAAAAGGCUCGAUCGCAAAGCGUUUUUUUCGAUCGUCGUGAAUGGUUUUCCAUCCGGAUACUGGUGCUUGAGCGGAGGUUGUUUAUCGAAGUCUUAUUGAUGGCGACCAUGCUUUGAAGAUAAUUAGGAGCGUGUCCAUGAAUGUGCUUGAAACAGAGCAUAGCAAUCUUGAAAUUGAUUCUAAACUUAAUCGGCAGCUAGUGAAGACGUAUAAAUGACGAUGUGACGUGUUCAUGUCUUGGCAAUAAGCACACCAAUCGGACUGCCGCGUUUUGCACCUGUUGGAGCUUGCUAAGGUUCGUAGCAGGAACACCUACAAUAGGCUGUGGCAAUAGUCUAUUCAGUUCUCGACAUCACUAUUGCCUGAACAAUCGAGUUUCUAUCUUCAAAGCCAAGAAAUCAAUACGCCCAAUAUUAUGCAGAUGGUAAAGUCCCGAUUGACAAGUCUUGUUGAUGGCGGUUUCCAUGCUCAGAUGGUUGUCGAACCACGUCUCUAGGUUCCGAACGUUGCAUGCUGUAGACACUUUUACGUGAUCAAUACUGGGCUCUGAUAUGCUUAUCUCGUCCAACUGCGCGUGGGUUCCAAUUACAGUUAAUUCCGUUUUGUCAUCAUUUACAUGUAGCUUAAGUUUGUCAGCCGUCAUCCAAGUCUUGAUGUCUAGAACGCAAUCUUGUAAUGCAGUUACCGCUUCCAAUUCACUCGCACUGGAACCAGGCUUAAAUGGGAUUUAUAACUGGUUAUCGUCUGCGUAUACAUGAACAUCUGGGAGGUGCCGCUUCACUACCUCAAAUUGCUUGCUGGCAUAAAUUGUAAAAAGCAGCGGCCCCAGACAUGAUCCUUGCAGUACACCAUGCGGUAGAGAGAAUUCCCCUGAGAAGCUCCUAUUAAGUAAUACACGCUGUGAUCUACCAGCUAGGUAGGAUCUGAACCAUUGAAGUGCAGUAUCUGCAAUGCCAAACGUUAUUCUGCUUAGUGCUGCAUUUACUAGAAGGGUUUGAGGAGGCUAGGAAAAGGCCACUGGGCCAUAAAACAAACAGAAAAGUAGCUACAAAAGACAAAAACUAGCAUAGCCAAGUGGUUAGGAUGCCUGUCUUUUCAUCAAAUAAACCUAUUUGCUAUUUUUUUGGGUUAAAUCCAUUCUCUGGUUUAACGGGUGUUCUACUUAGUUUGAUCUAGAAUUACCCUUGUUUCUUAGACCUAAUUAUUUUUUGGAAACUUUGAGCAUUCUGGUUGAACCUUUUAACGACUUCUUUAGUCGUUUUUCUUCCAUAUCAAAUGAUGCAUAUUUUCCUUCCUGGAACCAUUUAGCUUUCAGUUUAUUAAUAAAAUUGGUAAUCACGGACGUGAUAGAUAGAUAGAUCUUUCCAGCGAUACCUCGUUUUGGAUAUUCUGACCAAUCCUGACAGAAAAAAGAUAACAUUUUCGGGAAAUAUCCACUGCCAAUUUCGCUGUUUACAUACUACUCUUUGAAUAUUAAAUUUGUCCCUUUCCUAAAAAGUUAGCCAGCCACAAUUCCAUGCAAAAGAAAGAUGAUAAAGUAGGCAACAAAACUGCUAAUAAAGAAGAAAGGCAAAGGAAAAAACAGAGAGCAAGAGAGAAGUCCAAAUUUUGGCUUUUGCACAUGUGUGAAAAACAAAAAAGCUGUUUAAUUACAUCAGAUUGGUCGGAAAAUAUGCCUCUUUUCUUACAAAACUCGUUUUUAGCCACUCUUAUGCUAAUUAGUCGAAAACUAGUCCAAAGAAGAAGAAUUGGUGAAAAAUGCGGGGUUUUUUUUUGGUACUUCCCAGCCGUCACCAAAGGAUUAACCUAAGAAAAUAAUUGUUUUGCCAUUGCAUCAACAGCUAUACUUGAAAAUAACCACCUGCAACUUACUUGCUUCCUGUCUUUUAGGGUUACCCCUUCCCCGUCCAUGGGAAAAUACAUUUACGUGUAGUGGCGGAAUUAAUUUAAGGUGUGAUCACCACAACCUGUGAACUUUGUCACCUCAAUUUGCACAGUUAAACCUUUUAUUGCAAUGUAACAUAAUGAUGCAAUCUCUAGCAGUGACACCCUACAGUGUCUAUCUUUCGUGCCUUAUGGGAUUGUGUUGAGUUGUCCAUAAGGAGAGUUUUAGAGUGCAAAACAGUCAAGUAUUAAAGGUUCAGUGUGCACAUCGGUUUGUAUAUUGGUCACGUUAAUGAGGAUACUCUAUGGCCCAAUGAUGAUGAUGCUACGAAACAGGAUUUGAGAUCUUUCAGAACUGUACAUGAAAAAAUGGAGUUUUGUACACAUCGUAAGUCAGUGUUGAAUUAACCUGUCAAUUUGCAUAACAAUCAUGGGUCAGCGGUCUUGUUGAAGAUCUUCCGGCCUUCAAUCUGCUGCGAUCUGCUGCUCCUUUCCCAGUCCUUCACGCGGCCUUUUUUUGUUUGUUAUUCGCCUUUGGUCCCAGGCUAUUUUAAUUACAGUCGACAGAGACAGCCUAUGGACUAAGGCAUGUGUCCGCUGAAUAGAGGUUUCGCUAAGGUUUGUGAAUGAUUAACCAACAAAGAAAAUAUUAUUUUUCACACUGCCUGGGAUAUGCUUCAGCCAUUACUUCAAAUAUCUAGAUAAUGUAUUAAAAAAUCAUGACUAUCUAUUGUGUUUUGAAUUCUCACAAGUUCGAACAUAAAAAUUAACAAACACCUCCAUCAAAACUACCGUUUAUAAUCCUGUUCUGUCGAAUAAAUUCACAGCCAGGGAUGUAAACGUCGCUGUCUUUUACCAAGUCAUUGAGUCUUGUCAUGUUGGUCAAUAAAACAUCGACAGGGCAGUCUGCAAGCCGAAAUCUCAUCUCACCAAAAUGGGCAUCGUGGACGAGGUGUCCACGGUCGCCCCCUCCCGCUCUCCAGAAAACUAUGCGUAAUAACAAGGUGUACGUGUUAAGCGGGUGCCUCAGUAUAUAGCAGGGCUCGACUGUUCUUAGCUGUACCUUAGUUAUACCGAGAAUAAAAAGACAAUUUAAAUCUUGACUAGGGACACAAGUGUGCGUUAUAUAAUUUGUUGUCGUAGUUGUAACAAAGGAACGUAUUUUGUCUUGUUUUCUUAGGCUCUAUUCGAUGUCGAUGAAGUGUAUACAUUAGAAGAAAGAAUUGAACAACCCCAAGCUAAUAAAGAAACACAAGGAACAGGAAAGAAGAAAAAGAAGAAAAGGAAAAAGGUCAACUGUCAAAAUGAAAAUAUGCCUCCUCACGAAGAACAAAACGAUGAGAUAAAUCGCCAAAAUAGUACGUCGACAUCAUUUGAUGAAGUGGGUCGUUCAUCAACACAAGUGACAGGUUGUGAACGGAAAACAGCUGGUAUGGAUGUAAAGGAGAGUGUAAAAUGCGAAUCACUAGCUGUUCAGCCUAGCAUUGAUGCUCAAACAGGAAAGGGGACUAUACCUUCAUAUAAGGACUCUUCCCUUUUAGACUUUGACACACUCGGGGAUCAUGGCCAGCAGGACAUUUCCAUGGAUACACCCGAUGAGGAUUCUUUGACACCUUCUGCAGAAGCUCUAAGCGCCGCUUUGCAUGCUUCUGCUUUAUCGUUGAAUGAUAGUGAUGGCCGCUUUCUUCUUACAGUGGAUCAAACUGACGAAUUCUCCUCUGAAAAAUGCGGAAAUAAGUUUACUCAAAAACCAAGCAUUGAGAACGAAUCGGCCUCUACAGUUACAGAACUCAAAUUACAACUGUCAGUGUGUGCGACUGAUUAUAAUAGUGAAGGUUCCGGUGAUUAUAAUCCUUCGUCAGCAGCCUCCAACAUUGGCGUAGUCGACAGUAAAGAUACAACGGGGUCUCAAUUGAGUAAGCUUUGUAAAGACAAAAAUAAGCAGGUAUCUGAUAGCAACGACAGAGAAAUGGAUUCUCGGGCUGAAAAGAAUAUUGAUAAAACAGAUUUUGAUCCUUUCCCAUCAAAUAUCGUGAAUUCAGAUGUUAGUUAUGUUGGCGUUGAUGAAAUUUUGCCAAGCACAAGCGAAGGCAGUAGUCACUCGGUAGUCACAGAUGGAAAGGGGAAUGCAUGUUAUGACACGUUACAAGGAAACAGUUGCAGAAUAAAUAUGAAGAACAACUGCGAUGAUGUCACUGUAGGUGACCGGUUGUUGGUGAAAGACGAGGAGGAUAUAGUCAUGAAUGAGCAAAAGCAAGAGUUUACUAAAAUGGAACACAACGACCAGUUAUAUAAUUUAGUACGAGAGAAUUGCUCGAAAGGAAGCCAGGAGAUUGGACAGAACACUGAGAGCCCAUCAAACAGUGCAACGACAUUGCAGACCGUGUCCAUUUUCUCCGAAAGUAAGACAGUUAUGACCAAGGACAGCGAAAAGAAAGAGGAAAAAUGUGAUUUUAUAGAAGAUGGAAUCUUACCAGAUAAAAGUGACUCAACUGAAGAAAUUGCAUUAGUUGGUAGUGGGAAGGAAAAGUCUGAAGAUGACACGACCGAAACGUAUUUAGAACAUAGUAGCAUAAGAGAAGAAAGGCCAUCCACGCAGGGAUUUACACUGCAUUCUGUCACUGUUCCUUGUUCAGCACUAAAUUACACACAGCAAGUGGAGCGCAAAUCUAUGGAAAAUAAUAUAGAAGUUGUUCGAAACGAGGAUCAAACACAAAAUGUGAGAUUUAACGCGCUUUUACAGGGUGACGCGUGCGAUGAAGAGAAAAGCUUAAAUAAUUUGCAUGAAGUGAGCCUAAGGCUUACCGUGGACUCUGAUACUUGUGAGGAUAUCCAGAGACCACUGAAACUCUUCUGCACAGACAACAAAACUGAUUCAUCGUGUGGAGCUCUCACUUUUAGUGGCGAAAAUCCUCCUUUUCGCAAUGAAGAGGGAGUUGUUUCUUCUCUGAUUUGUGUAGAUGGCACUUCUGAGAUUGAGGGGGAUCCCAGUCUUGAUCGAGCUGCAUCAAGGACGUCUGUCGCAUCCGACCAAUUAGAAACUUCGCCUGUCGAAGCUCUGAAAAUACCCACGACUGUUACUAACAACGUGGGUAUACGAGAUGAAGAAAAUAGGCUGUUUGACUUUGAAGCUCCAGAAGUCGUAAAUUAUGUUCCCGACGAAAAUAAGAUUAACCUUGAAAGGCAGCACAAGGAGACUGAGGCGGUACUAAUUGAUGUAGAAAGUGCUGCGCUAAUGAGCAAUUCAGAUGAAAUUCUUUCUCAAGGUGGCAGCUUGCGUUCAGGUGAGGAUUGUUUGGUGAGCAACAGUGAGGGUCUAUAUCUUGGUAGCAGUGAUUGUGACCAAACAACUGUAGAAAACAGUUCGGGCGUCUGCAUAAUUGAACCAUGUAGAAAUGUAGACGAAUCACCUGACGAUCGUAAGUCAGAGAUACUGCAACCUGCACAAAGUGAACCAUUUUCACCAUGUUGUGGAGAUGUAAAAGUUGCUACUCUCUGUUCAGACACAAUUGAAGCCUCCGAUAUGUCAGUUACUUUAGAUAUGACCCAGGAAAGGAAUUCGCUCAGAACUAAGGCCUUUGACGCUUCGGGGGAUAGAGACAGUGUCACCGUGUCUCUAGAAGGCUCUAUGGAGUCAGCUUUUAAUAACCCACUUAAAGUUCCAGGCAAAGAAAAUAACGCGAAGAACGAACCGUUUAGUGAAUUGUUUAAGAACCACCCAAACUCGUCAGAAAUGAAAACAGAAGACGAUUAUUCUUCUGUCGAAGGAACAUGUGGGGAUUGUCGCAAGGUAACAGUCACGGAGGACAACAAAUUGCAAAAUGAUGAGCUGCUGCAAAAUACAUUUUUUGUGUCCAAAGAUAAGGCUAGUGAAGUUGAAAAAGAAGAAGGCGAAAUUGGCUCCGAUGAAGUGGACAUGUCACAGGCUAAAUCACGUGAAACAGAAGAGGAGAAAACGUUAGACGCUCAGAAAACGCGAAGUGAGGACAAUGAAGAGACGCCAAAGGAUAAAAGUAAGGAGACGUUAAAGACUGGAAAACUCAGAGAGGAGGAAAAGGAAGAGGGUGAACUGUCUUCUUCUGAUUCAGAUGCUGAGGUUUUUGUAAAAAUAGCAGACGCACAGAAAGGUGGUCCAAGCACUUCCAAAAGUAAACUGUUCGACGACAGAACGGUUGCAUCGGCGGUAGACAAACAGCCUCACCCUGCCAGGCGACAUUCUUCGGGUGAGGGGCAUCACACAUUACCUAUGGAAAGAUCACGGUUAUUAGCAAGUUUAGGCGGCAAGAGAAGAGGCUCUUCAUCCGCCAUUGCAAACGCUGAUCUCCGAACAAGGCUGAGUGAAAUUCGGAGUCAGCGGACUAGUUGUGGAAAUGCUAAGAGCGGAGCUCCUCGGUUUGAAGAAUCUGUGAAGGAGUGUGGCGGUACGGAAAAGCCUUCGAAAAAAGUAAAGGAAAAGGUUCCCCAUCGCGGAAAGAAUGGGAAAGGUAAAGUUAAAGGUGGGCGUAACGUAGAGGUUAAGGACAGCAGACUAAUGACGAGUGAGGCACAAAAUAAUUCCACCAAGACAGGGAGCUUUAAAGAAGACAACCAUUUAGGCGGUUUGUCUAAGAAAGACCAGUUAAGGCAAACACCACAGUCGUCAAUGAAAGCGCCCAAAAAAUCCCAGGGAUCUUCACCGUGUAAUAAAAACAGUAAGACGGAGAACACUGGAAGAAACAAGGCAGAACGUCACCCCGAUAACGUCCAAAGAACUGCUGCGGAAUCAGACGGGAAGAACCGUUUAAAAACAUCGCAGCCGGAGUCACGUCGAAAGACCAAGGGAACAAGGAAAACCUCAACACACAGCGAAGACUCUGCAGCAGUUGUAACGAAAGACGUGAAGAAAGACAGUACUGGACUACAUAAGCCUAAAAGUCACGCCGAUAUGGCUAAGGAAUCGACUAGCGAGAAUGCUUUGAAAACAACACAGCCAGAGUCACGUCCAAAGACAAGUACAUGUGAAUUAAAUGCUGAAAAUAAUUCGUCUGAUAGCAAGAAAACUGGUUUGAAAGGUAAAACAGGAGGAAGGACACUUCGUAGCGGUGGAACACCUAAAUCUGCAAGUGGUUCUUCUAUUGAGAGACCUUCAAAACGUCAUUCUAUGAACAAGGCUACUCUAAAAGAGCAAGCCACAGUGGUCGGGCAUCUCAUGCCAACUGCUAAAGGAACUGUCAAGGGAUGCAGGCAGGUUUAUAGAUCCUGUGGUAAACAAACUACAAGUGAAUCUAAGAAGCUCUCUAAAGUGAAAGAUGGAAAAAGGUUAGCUGCUACUGAUGGUAAUGUUAGUAAAGUUGAAUACAAUGACAAAGGCGAACUUCAAUCAGUGAAAGUUCCUUCACGAACUGCACCAAGAAAAGUUUCAAAUAAAUGUCUCAUCAAAGUCACUUCCAAGGUGAAAGCAAAUCCUCAACGUGGUAUGGAAACUGGAACUCAAAACCCCAGAAAACGUGGCAGAUCUGUAGACAGUACAGAAACGAAGCAUGGAAAGAAAAUGAGAAUCGGUGAAGUGAAAGCCUCGCUGCCUAAACCGUCAACAGUGUCUUCCACACAUAAGCUACCCAAAGAGUCGAAGAGAAUAGCCAAUUGUACCAGUAACAGCGUAAAGGUACCGUCCUGCAGUGACAUCAAUGUUGACGGAAGUAGGAAAGUCCCUGCUAAUAUGGAAAACUUUAAACAAACACUUGAACACAAGCGUGAAGGUGAUUCCAAGGCUGAUGAUAGUAUUCAGGCAAAGGCGAUUUCCAUUGGUGGUAAUAAGUGUUUGGUGUUUAAGCGUCGUCAUGUGAACCAGUUGUUUGUCAGGGGGGACAACGUUGUCAUGGUAGCGUAUGCAAGUGAUGCUAGAUAA